AUGAUCUCCCAGCAACGGUUAUUUAGCAGCAGCAGCGCCGUCGCCUCAAAGUACUACAAAGUGACAUUGACACGAUCGACCAUUGGUCUUUCAAAAGACUAUCGUGCAGCAGCAAAGACGCUUGGUUUGCAUCGAUUGCAUCAGACGAAAUACCAUACUGUCAACCCCAGCUCGGCCGGUCUCAUUCUCAAGCUCAAGGAGAUUGUCAAGGUUGAAAACGUCGAUGCUAUUCCAGAAAAGGUGUCCAGCAAGGCUGAACGAGGAUACAAGGUCGUUGGCAGCAUGUUGUAA